GUUCGUGCACACAAAACAAGGCCAAUGAGAGGCAGGCACUUAUAGUUUGGGAAGAAGAACUUUCUUCAGAGAGUGCUUUUUCUGUCCCGCUGUAAUUUCAUGGCUUCAGUUUGUGCAAUCAAAUUCUUGCUGUGUUUAGUUUUAUGGCUCUGCAACUCUCUACCUCCUUGUCAAGGAAAGCAGAAGUGGCAUGAAAACAGAUACCCUUUUAUCAGAAAUGCAAGCUCAUUCUCAUCACCAUCAAUUUCAACUACCUCCACCAAUAAUGCUUAUGACUAUAUUAUAGUGGGAGGUGGCACAGCAGGGUGUCCUUUGGCUGCAACCCUAUCUCAGAACUUCAGUGUUCUGGUGCUUGAAAGAGGGGGUGUUCCUUUCACCAACCCCAAUGUCUCAUUUCUAGAAAACUUCCACAUUACCUUGGCAGAUAUUUCUCCAACUUCAGCUUCUCAAUACUUCAUUUCAACUGAUGGAGUCUACAAUUCAAGGGCAAGGGUCUUGGGAGGUGGCAGUUCCAUCAAUGCUGGCUUCUACUCUAGAGCAAAUCCAGGGUUUAUAAAGAAGGUGGGUUGGGAUGCGAACCUAGUAAACCAGUCAUACCCUUGGGUUGAGAAGCAAAUUGUUCACCGUCCAACGUUUUCAGCUUAUCAGAGAGCAGUGAGGGACAGUCUUCUAGAUACUGGCGUGUCGCCUUUUAAUGGCUUCACCUACGAUCAUGUCUAUGGAACAAAGGUUGGUGGAACCAUUUUUGACAGAUUCGGCCGCCCCCACACGGCUGCUGAACUGCUUGCCUCAGGGAACCGUGACAAGCUAACUGUUUUGAUCUAUGCCACUGUCCAAAAGAUUGUGUUUGAUACAAGAGGAAAGAGGCGAAAGGCUGUGGGGGUUAUUUUCCAGGAUGAAAAUGGGAAACAGCAUGAGGCUACUCUGACAAAUGAUGGGCAUAGUGAAGUUAUAAUGUCUAGUGGGGCAAUUGGGACUCCUCAAUUGCUAAUGCUUAGUGGAAUUGGGCCAAAAGAAGAACUCCAGAAGUUGAACAUCUCAGUGGUCCUUAACAACCGAUUUGUUGGGAAAGGAAUGGUAGACAAUCCCAUGAAUACAAUGUAUGUUCCUUCUAAUAGACCAAUUAAUCAGUCACUCAUAGAAACAGUUGGUAUCACUAAUAUGGGUGUGUACAUUGAGGCUAGCAGUGGGUUUGGUCAGUCCAAUGAAAGCAUUCACUGCCACCAUGGUAUCAUGUCAGCUGAGAUUGGGCAGCUGUCAACAAUUCCUCCUAAGCAAAGAUCACAAGAAGCUAUUCAAGCCUAUAUCAAGAACAAGCGAGACAUACCGGUUGAAGCAUUCAAGGGAGGCUUUAUUCUGUCAAAAGUUGCCAACCCUUGGUCGGUAGGUGAGCUCAGGCUGAUCAACACCAAUGUGAAUGACAACCCUGCUGUUACCUUCAACUACUUCAGCCAUCCAUAUGAUCUUCAGCGCUGCGUUAAGGGGAUCCGCAUGGCCAUUAAGGUAGUCCAGUCACCAUACUUCACAAACUACACUUUGAGUGACAGAAAAACCAGAGAGAAACUGCUCAACCUCACUGUCAAGGCUAAUGUCAACUUAAUACCCAAGCAUCCCAAUGACACUAAGUCAAUUGAGCAGUUCUGCAAAGACACUGUGAUCACAAUUUGGCACUACCAUGGAGGUUGCCACGUGGGGAAGGUUGUCAGCCCUGACUAUAAGGUUCUCGGUGUUGACAGACUCCGUGUGGUAGAUGGCUCAACAUUUAAUGAAUCACCAGGAACAAAUCCUCAAGCCACUGUCAUGAUGAUGGGCAGGUACAUGGGACUGAAGAUUUUGAGAGAUAGGUUGGGGAAAUUAGCUGGUAUAUAAUAAGGAUUCAUCUUGUGUGAAGUCCAUAUUCAUAUCAAAUCUUGAAAAGGUGUGUAGAAUGAAGAUAAGAGAAGCACUGUUGCACAUCAAGAAAAAAAAAGUUAGUAGUAGGACUGGAAAUGAAUGUAAUCUGUUGUAAUUUCUAGUAAAGGUUAAUUUAUUAUUAGUCAAGAAAGUCAUGGCUUUUUUGGGACGAAAAAGUUACUGUGAUGAUUUGUUUUAAGUUUUUCUAUUUCCAGGCAAAAAGAUGUUAUUCUGGAUUUUUAGAAACUUGAGGAAAAUAUUGGAUAGAGGGAAAAAAAGAAAAUGGUAGUGUCCUAUUAACGCAAUCUGUGUUAAAGCAAAAGUUGUUGCUUUCCCUCCCUAUUUUAUAUAUAUAACAUAUCUGCAUGUGUCACUUAACUCCUUUCAA